AUCAGUUCACCAUUUGGCUUGAGUCGAAAUUCAGAAAUCGCCAGAAAUGAAAAAGCAAAUCAUAAAGGAGUUCAUAACCGUAAAGAAGGUGCUCCACCUUCCACCAAAGCCAGAACCACCGCCGCCGCCUCCAAAGCGGCACGUUCUAGUUGUGGGUAGCUGUACCCUGGACAUGAUCACCAUCGUGGACCGGCCGCUCACCCCUGGCCAGGUGCAGCGCACUACGGAGGGCAGCUGGCGUCGCGGCGGUCCGGCGUCCAACAUCUGCACCGUUUUUCGUAGAUUAGGCUUGGAGUGCGAGUUUCUCGGCGUUUUGAGCAAAGUGCGGGCUUUCGAGAGCUUGCUAAAUGAAUUCCAAUCGCUUGGCAUCGACAUCUCCCACUGCCCGUUGACAAAUGAUCGUCCUGCCCAUCGGAGCAUCAUAGUUCAGCGGAAUGCUGAUUCACGCACCAUUCUGGAAUACUUUAACCCCAAUAAUGAGCUCUCCUACCAGCAGUUUGUGGGCGCCGUCGACUACCAGAAGUACUCGUGGAUCCACUUUGAGUGCCGCAAUCCCGUUGAGAUGUUGCGUAUGAUCCGGGCAGUGAUAAGCUUCAACGAGCGUUGUCCCGAGUCAAGGAUAGUUCUCUCGGUAGAUUUGGACAACAUGCGGCCGGCCACCAUGCUAAUGGCUAGUAUGGCAGACUACGUUUUUGCCCGCAAGACCAUGAUGCGAACGUACGCCUUCAUGAAUGGGCGCGAGGUCGUUUGGGCAAUCAGGGAUGAAAUGCGCACCGCCCGUGCUAAGUGGGAAGAGACCCAGCCCCCAAAGGUGCCCUACUAUCCACCCGACCCACCGUCCGAGAAUUCUGACGAAAAAUGUUAUGGUCCGAAUAAUCAACCCAUAGUCAUAUACAAUAAUUAUAUGGAGGGUGCAAGUUGUCUGAUGGCAGAUGACACCUACUUUAAGGUGGGCUCCCAAAUCCCACAGAAAAUCGUUGAUUGGAACUCCGUGAACGACACCUUCUCUGCAUCCGUGAUCUAUGCCCUGCAAAAGGUAAAGAUGAAACUAAGAGAUGCCCUCGAGUACGGAACCCGGGCAUCAGCGCUCAAGUUGACUGGAAACGGAUUUGAUGUGCUGAGAUGCAUGCCCAAGGACCUAAUUGGUUGUUACUACGCCUAGAGUACGGUUAUACCCUGUGAUUUUAUAACAUUUGUAAAAUAUAUAUUAAUAAAAUUUUAGGGGCAAUGUUAUCUUUAAUACCA